UGCGGCGCACUACUUCUAUUUUCAAAUAAUUUGUUUUAUUUUUUAUUUUCGUUCGGAAUUAAAAUGUAAUUUGUUUAGUUAUGUAUAAUUAUUGUAAAUACAGGCGGCCGGCUAAGAUGAAUGAUUAUGGAUUGAAGAGAGUUCCUGAUUAUACCGAGUUGGCGUACAAAGAGGCGGUAUCUAAAUUGAGAUACUUUUUAUCGGGAAAUUAUGCGCCAAGCGUACGCAGCUACGGAGGCUCUGCGUCUAUAAAAAAUCUAGACGAGUCCGACGGAGACCUCGACAAGAAAUACUCCCCGUACAACGCACUCGCCGAGUACAAGCCGAGACCGAGACUCACUGCGAAGUACACAACGUUGUACGCCGACAGCUUGAAGAACUACGCCCCUGAGCCUGUUAAAGAUGUACCCACACCUGCGCCCGCGCCGGUGGGUGACGUCACCGGCGGCACCAAUCCUGACGUCAUCAACUUCAUACAGAAGCAGGAAGAGUAUAUCGAACAGCUUGAACGUGAGAGCCAGUAUUGCAGGGACGAGCUGAACAACCUCCUCGGCAAGGUUAAGGAGGUGAUCUCCGAGAACGAGCAUCUCCACGAUGCGCAGAAGAACAAGCUGAUCACGCGCAUGUUCCACUCGUACAACGGCUCCGAGACCGAUGAGCUUGACGAUGCUGCUGACAGCACCGGGGUCGACUCCGAUAAUAAGGUGUCUCCAUCCAAACCUCGCAGGGGCGCGAAAUCCCGUUCAACCAAGUUGGAAGGACCUAACAUCGUAUUCGAGUCGCGUAUAGCUGAGUUAGAAGCACAACUCACUCAAGCCAAAAUCGAUCUUAAGAAAGUGCAGGAUGAGAAUAAUGAGAACAAACGCAAGCUGGCCUCUGGGCUCGUUGACUCAACGUGCCUUGACGGCUUCAAGCGUCAAAUCGAUAACUUGCAGAGGGACAAAUCAUCAUUGGAGGCUCAGAUCAGCAAGCUAAAGCUGAGCUUAGAACAGCAAGACAGCGACAACGGCAAAUACAAACGCUCUGACGUGUUGGAGACACAGCUGCGCGAGGAAAGAAACAAUUUGGAGGCAGAAGUGCGCAGGCUGAAAGACGACUUAGCUAAAGAGCGCAGUAAGGUGCGCGAGCUCGCGGGCGAGGGUGCGCGGCGCGCCAUACAGGAGCGCAGCGCCGCCGAGCAGCGAUACAACGCGCACUUCGACGAGCUGCAGCACGACCUCGCCGCGCAGUACGACAACGUGUCCAAGCUACAGCUUGAUUUGGAGCGUCAACGCCGCGAAGAAAAUGAUUUGAAACGCGAACUGUCGAUGAAAAAUUCUGCCAUCGACGAACUAAAAAUGGAACUGAAGAACAAGACAGCAUCUCUCCAAGCCGACCUAGCCCAGGCUCACGCGGAGAAGGCGUCCCUAGAAGAGGAGCUGAACAGCGCGCGCCUCGCCAUCGAGCGACACCAGCGCCAGGCGAAGCACGAGACCAAUCGUCUCAACUCAGAAAUCCAGUCACUUCGCCAGCGCCUGGAUCGAGCUGAUGCGGACUUGGUGCACUCGCGUCGGGAGAACUUGCGUCUCUCUGAACAAAUCGCUAACUUGGAGAAAGAGUUGAACAUGAAGAAUUUGACACCAGUGACUCCAGAGAAGAAGAAGAAAGAGAAAGAACUGUCGUCGAUGUUAGAGACGAUGGAGAAUAAACACGCUAAAACCGUGGCUGAGUUGGAGGCCAUGAUACAAUCACAAAACAGUCUGAUGGAGAAACUCACCGGCGAGUGUCGUUUGCUCACAGACAAGCUCGACGACGCGAACCGUAGGCACAAGGAAGAACUGGCCACUCUGCAGCGUCAAGUAAACACGCUGGGGCAGUCGCUUCAGUCACAUGCCACAGCUAGCACUUAUCAAGCACCUCCCUCGCACGCUGCCACAACCCACAGAAAUGUACACAGCGAACCCGAUGCCAGACGGGACCAUUCCAGAGUUGUCUCCCCCGGCCACUCCACACUCCCCGGAAAUACAGACCGAUCGGACCGAAUCGUCGGAAACGUCGAACAUCAGCGAGAUAACCACAAAGUUCAAAAACCUGUAAACCAAGAAGAUUCUAGAACAUCUCCAGAAGAAACAUCAGUACCUGUGGAUGGAUUUAAAGAUACAAAUGAUGAACAAAAUGAUGGUCAAUACGCUGAAGAAACUAAAACAGUUGAUGAAAAAGAUUUAACUCACGAAGAGCCAGAAAAACCAAUGGAAGUGGCACAUUAUAACGAAGGAAAUUACAACUAUGAGCAGAAUCCCGAGUAUCAGAAUCAAUACGAGCAGAAUUACGAGCAACCUGUUUACAGUGAAGAACAACCUGUUUACAGUGAAGAACAACCUGUUUACAGUGCAGAACAACCUAUUUACAGUGAAGAACAACCUGUUUACAGUGAAGAGCAAGUUGCUUAUAGUGAGGAGCAGCCCGCUUUUAACCAAGAACAAACUACGUAUAAUCAGGAGCAAUAUGAGAAUUACGAGCAAUAUCCUCAGCAAUAUGUUGAUCCAAACGCGCAGUACGACGAACAUUAUAACUAUCAAACCGAUGAUAACUACCAGGGCGAUCCAAAUUUCGUCAAUCCAGAGAAUGAAACAUAUUCUCAGGAGAAUCAAAAUCAGCACGAGGAGAAACAAGUUGAGGAAUCUGAUGUCAAAACUCAAUCGCCAAAACAACCAAGUCAAAGUUAGCCAAUUUAGAGAUCAUUUUAAUUUCAUAUUUUAAUUUUUAUGUUAUCGUGCAAUAUUUGAUAAUUUUAUUUAUGUUUAACAAGAUUUUAAAAUGUAGAUAAAUGCUUUUGAUGUUUAAUUAAUAAGAUGCAACAUAGAUAAUCACAUACAUCAUUAAAUAAAUUAUAGUAGAACGUAAGAGCGAUUGUACAUUGCUCAAUAAAUAAUAAUAA